CAGAUGCACCUGAAUACUGGUAGAGCACCCCGCAGAGAUGAUGAAAGGUUGAAAGGAUGGAAGCCUUUAUAUGAAUUUAUGCUUGCGUCAAAACCAGCUACCGGUAUCUGAAAGCAACAAUUACUUUUGCAUUUGUUGUCAUUCUCCUCUUUCAUAAUGAGGUUUGACAUUUCAUAUUGACUGAGUGUCCCAUUAUUUUGACAUGUCUAGGUUUAGGUGCAUCAUAAUAAAAGUAAAUGGAGAAAUGGAAAUAAAGAACGAAAACUAGUUACUCCUCGAGUUGUGCGUUUACACAUUUUCAAACUCCGAUACGCCAUACCGUUCAUAACGAACACAUGCAUGUUAACUGGGAAAACCUCACUUGAAAACAGCAUAGGUACAUCCUUCUCCUGUUGGAUGAUACCUUUACCGAGUUAUUUUUAGCUUGGUUGGAUGCAUCUGGAAGUGGUACACCGCCCACGGUUCGUCAGCAACACAUAAGCAAUUGUGGGCAAGACUUGCCAAAGGCUCCUCUUACUUUCAAAGUCAACCCAUACUAAAAAAAAAAUGGAGCAAUCGACGCACCGUACUGGUCUAGCAGAGAUACCCCCACCACCAGAUAAAAUACCCCCAACGAGACCAGAUAAUGCUGCUAAAACGCUCCCACCUGGACGAGAACACGGAUUGGAAAGUGGAAAGUCUGUCAAGCAAGGAGGCGUUGCGCGUCAAGGACAUGACCAAGGCCGUGCCGAAGUUGCUAGCGCAAAGAAUGGAGCUCAUGAGCAUUUGCAGAGCAGGGAAGAAAACUUAAUUCAUCACCAGGUGAUUCUUCCGCCGGUUGUGAAAGAGCAUAUCCAACGAAAUAUCGUUGUAGUCCAACCGUCUAUGGAGAGUGAAGAAGGUGUUGAGGAGGAGGAGAGCGGAGAGGAAGCCGGGGCUGCCACUGCGAUCAUCCUUGAGGCUUGGAAUGACGAGGAACCUGUUCAGAGCGAGAGUGAAAAGGCGUCCCCGGCACCUGUUCGGGUUGCAAAACCGAACAUUAUCACAAUAGCUCAUUCGGACGUCCCUGCACCGGGCUCGCCUGUUAACAACGAACCCGCUUUAACAGCUCCACAGACGGACCCAACAGAUCCUAGUAAAAUUAUCCUUCGUAAUCCCUGGGACGCGGAUGUCGUCGUGCUUGACAAAGAAGUUGAAGCAAAGGCGGCUGCCGAGUUCUAUGCAAAGCAUGUGACAAACCUUCCUCCAUUCCGUCCUCCUAUCCAACCUGUAGGAAGCUCACCAACGGCAACCCCUCCGUCAUUUCCAAUUGGACCGCAAGUUAGACGUUCGUCUCGAGACCUGGUCCCUGCCCCAUCUUCCAUCUUGUCUGCAGGAACUACCGAGCUUGAGAAAGGCAGGGGUGGCGGUUUUGCGAUGACUCCAUUGGUGCCACCAGUCGUCGGAGGUGAUCCCCACCCAGCGGUUAGCCGGCCGGUAACGGGUGGGUCUGCUACUAGCAACGAAUCAGCGUCCUCUUUUGCUGAAGAGAUGCUGGCACUCUUUGACACGGCAUUCUCUGUGUCGGGCGAUCUUCCGGAAGGUAUGGACAGAAGCGUGUCUGGGAAUCUGAAUAAUAUGGAGAAGCGGGCGGAUGCGAAACCCGUUCCUCCACCGAGUCAAAAAGGGGACACUAAUAUGAACAAAGCGGUCGAUAUCCGUUUACCACAACCCGUAAGAUCUGAACCGCCACCAGUAAUGAAGCCUGCGGAUGUUCGUUCUCCUGUACCCGCUCAGGACGUUGGUGCAAAGGUUGGUGGACCGGCUAAGUUAGGAGCAGCUGCAAUGGCAAAGCCGGUUGAUAUGCGUCCACCACAACCGGUACAAUCGGACUCAACUGCGGUACCGAAGGUUGGGGACAUCCACUCCGCCGUUCCGGCCAAGGAGCCCGGCAAAAAGGCUGAAGGAGCCGAUGGUGGAGGAAAAUCCCCGCUACAGCAAGACAUCCCAAUGAAUACAGUGAAGGCGGUGGUUCCUCAAUCCCCUUUCCAACAAAACCCAUCUCAAACCUCAGCUAAGACUGACCAGCAAGUUCCUCCGCAAUCUUUGGCUUCCCAAGGGAAACGAAGACAGGAAUCACCUGGACCGAUAGGUAGCUUGACAGUUGAAAUACCGAGACAAGGAGCCGCAUCGACUAGCAAACAGGGAUUCAGUGCUGCCCCUUCGUCUCAAGUACAGUCUUCGACCAGAGCGGAGGCAAAGAUGUCACCUUCUGGUCAAGUGCGACCGGAUGUGAACGUUGUCCAGAAGCAGCCAGUCACUUUGCAGACUUCAUCCCAGCAACAGAAAACGGAUCAAAGUCCGGUUCAACCUCCACCCAUUACCAGGCCUCCAAAAUCUGCUUUUUCCAUUACAAUCCCACCACCUAACCGCGCCCCACCAAAGCCGCCGACCUUGCAAACGGCCAGAUCUCCAGCUCCUCCAUCCGAGCCACUUCCGGCCUCCCCCGUUCGUUCCAACCAAAACCCUCGUGGGGGCGCUUCUGCAGUGACAAGUCCCACAAGUGCGCAUGGUAAAACUCGGUAUAGUACUAUACCAGGUGGCACAAACGCCAUUGUUGGUGAGCUACAAGAUCGGUUCGUCGGUGGAUCGGGAGUGCCUCUGAAAUCUCCACCACCAAAGCAAAGGGAACCAACCUCACCUCGAUCAGCACAAAAUUUCAAUGCAGCUCAAGCCUCGUUAGAUGCAGUUGCCGCCCAAGCCAAAGCGCUUGUUGAGAACACGGGCGACAGACAACGAUUGGCAGAUGCUGCGACUUCGAAUGAGACCUUAACUCAAAUGAAACAAAAUCCCGCAACCGGCGAAGCAUUGCCAAAUGCUUCCUAUAAAGGAUCGGUUAGAGGAAAGCUUACCACCGUAACUCCCACUAUCCUAUCGGCUAAGAGAGUGCAGCUGUUUCCAGCCGGAGGGUCAUCAGUAUACACUACCGGGACUGGGCCUGCGGGGGAUGCUCCCAGGGGGGAAAGUACCCAAAGGGAGGAAAAGAGUACCGAGUGUUCUCAACAGCAUCCGCAAGUCCCUCAGAGCGGGCAACAGCGUGUAGGAGGAUAACGGAUCACAGACGAGCAUUAGGGACUAUGGUUUUGUGAGAGGUCGCAAGUUUUAUUAUAUUGUACGAUAUAGCAACGAAAUUUAAAUACGUAUAGGAAUAACAGACCACAAGUCUAUACGGUUUUGUGAUCUGAUAAGGACUUAUCCUUGUGACGUUUAAUGAUCAUGAGGAUGCUAGAACGAUCUGCAUCGAGUGCAUAUCCCAAGCCCGUCACGGCAGUCAUCAAGUAAUUUCUGCAGUUUCA